GUAUUACAGCAGUCGCAUGCAGAGGCUCCUAUAGUUUGCUUAAUUAGAGAAACUAAUUUAAAAAAUUUGCAGCAAUCAUGAAGCUCUUGGCAAUUGUCCUGCUAUCCAUGAUGAGAUCUGCGUUGGGGGGCGUCGUUACUUUCCAGAGAUGCGGAGGCACACUUACUGAACUAAGAGUAGAAAAUUGCGAGGGAUCAACUUGCAGGCUGAACCCGGGCACUCUAUACAUAACUGAAGGAGACCUGAUCCCGAGCUCCGCCUCAAGCCAACUGCACCUCAAGGUCACGACUACUUAUUUCACUGGAGAAGUAACUAUUAUCGAUACGAACCUGGACGACUCAUCCGUCCAGCCAGGACAAACGUACACUAUCAGAUUCACCAUUGUUCCAAAUGAUGUUUUGGCCGGAAGUACACUACCCAUUAGGGCGACAAUUUCAGACGUAGCUUCUGGACGUGUGGAGAUUUGUGCGCAUUUCCAAGUCUUUGUAAAUUUUCCCCAGUAAACAUAUCAUCCUGUUUUCUACUCUUAUAAGUUUUGAAAUUCGAAAUUACCAAACGACAUAUUUUAAUUAGUAAUUAAUUUAUAAUUAGUGUCUCUUAAAAAUUUAAAUUUAUAGCAAUUAAAAUAUUUUAGUUCUCAAGUUAAUUGUGCCAUGGAUUUCAAACCAGUUUGUGAAAACUAUGAUAUAUUUUAACAAAUGAAUAAAGCCGGUAAUGAAAUGAAA